AUGGCACCCACUGACGAAGUGGCUCUAUCACUCGGUGUAAGGACAGUGGACAGAGGUGCCCCAAAACCAAAAUUCCAGCACAUUUGGAUCUCUCCCUGGCUCGACGGGCAGCACGGUUCUAUGGACACAAAGACGCUACUGAGGUACAAGUGGACAGUAGACGGAGUGAUCAACGACCGCGAUUCAUCCUUCCCCGCGGCACUCCAUGCCGCCUUCCUCCACUUCGCAGCCCCAGACAUUGCAACCCUAGGAAGAGACCACUUCUUCCCGCCACUUCUCCACUCUUGCGAUGCCUCCCAGGACCACGUGGAGACCGUUGCAGUGAAGCUAAGGCCGAUAGGAGGAAGGGCAGCACACUCGGACGCUUACCUAUGGACAGAAUUGCACUCUGGGAUGUCGGCAGCCGGCGCGUCAGAGGCCUUACUGCAGCACCUGCUCCCUGUCCUCAGGCAGAGGGACUCCUCGGACCAAGCCCUCCGCCACGUGGUCGUCGCGUCCUAUGUGUGCGCCUCUGUGCUCCUGUACGAGGGGCUCGUCCUAGGGAGGCUGCACUAUAUCGCAAAUGAGUGUGCGGACGGACGGGCGUUCCUGGUGCUGGCCAAUGCCCUGGAGCUUAGCCUGCCCGCGUGCCGGGGGCACCUGCACGUCCUGGACCCAUGCCUAUCCCUGCUCACCCGUCUCCUACCAUACAUUCCAUACUGCAUAGACACCGAGUAUCCCUCUCGGGUGGUGGACCUAUUGCGGCCAAGACUUCGCUCAGGGCAGCCGUUUUUGCCUGCAGACCCGACGAUCUCUGGAGUCUACUUUACAGUCCACGAGCUGGUCGACCCCCGCAAGCAGUUUAGAUCCAACCAGCUGAUAAAUCUAUGCCUCAACAUUCUUGUCGAUGCCCACAGGGACCCUCUUAUCGUGUCUAUACCAGAGGGCACAACUCCGUCCCAGAACGUUAGGGUCCGAAUGCUGUUAGUGUCCUGCCUGUUUCUCCUCUCCGCCCUGUGCAUCUUCGAAGGAUACCAACAGCUGUCCUGCAUAGACUACAUAGAGUCCAUCCUGAGCUUCCGCCUGCUGAAGGACUACAACAGCCCACACCGCGGAACGGUGCUUCUCUCGCUUGUGUUUGACCUUCUCAAGACCAUCACAAAUACCGGUCGUAUGUCUGUGGGGGUAAGGCUGUUUCUCUGCGAGUUCAUCUUCGCCCUCGUGACAUGCAGCUACUACCACCACCUGCCCUGCAUCCAGGCGUCCUUCUACGUCGACAGGACUGCCAAGGACAAGAAGAUGCGGUACUUCAGAGAACUCAUGGCGAACAAGAGCCAGAAGGACUCCUCUCUCUCCUUCCAGACGCUCAACGAGUGCAUCAACAUGAUGCUCCACGGGGUAGUCCUUGGAAACAUCAUGCACAGAUACGACACCGGGACGCUUUUCCUGUGUAGCACCCUCCUCGCGCCGGCGUGCAGCCUCGGCUACCUCUGGGUGAAGUCGUACCACAGUCUGGCCGAGAUAUACUCUGCGAUAACCGUGAAGCUGUUGUCGGACAGCAGCACGUUCUGUAACCCAAAGCACACCAUCCGAGGGCUGACGUUCGAGGACUCCGGGAGGCUGGCGCUCUAUGUCGACGAGGAGGCGGUUCGCGGCAGAAUUAGGUACGGAGACAACGGGAGGCUGGAGCAGUACCCCUUCAUCUAUCAAGUAGCGCUGCCGGAGAAGACCAUCCAGGCCAUCUACGUGGCAAGGACGUGCCAGCUGUGCAGUCAGCUGCGCAAAGGCAUGGACGACUGCACCUCAACCGACAAGACAACGAGUGUCUUCAACAUCCAGCUAGCAGAGGCAGAGUUCGACACGUAUAUGCUCAGGGAGGCAUACGGUGCAUAUGCGAUAAGCCCCGGCUCCCUCGCAUUCUACAUUUCGUGGACUCACCCGUCUGUCAGCCUACACUUAGACGCAGCCCAGUGCAUAGCAGAGUACCUGCUGGACCUCUACUAUCGGCGCUUUGAUGACAUGUCCCCCAACUUCAGUGCACUGGCUCUGGGCCGAUAUGACAAGCUCAGGCUUCCUUGCAACUCCUGCAUAUGCUACGGAUAUGCUGCCGUCUCUGAUCGAGAUCCUUCCUAUAUCGAAGGCGCAAUGGGGAGCAUCUAUCAGGCGCUCACCACUAUGCACAGAACCCCGGUGCACCUGAGGCUUUCUCCAGCCAGCUCUGCAGAUCCUCGGACAAGCAUUCUGAUCGAUAUCAGCUCGAUUGACCUAGAGGUUGAGCCUUGCCGGGUGACGCUCACAGAGCCAGCUUUGGAGGUGGGCACGCAGCUUGUUCCCCGCAAGCAGCUCCUCACAGAAAAGACGCUGAGGCCGUCGCAGUUCAAGGCCCUCGUUUAUGCCGUCCUUUCUCCCCUCCUACUGAUUCUUGGGUGUCCGGGAAGCGGGAAGUCAACCUCGCUUUCUCUCAUUUCAAAGGUCCUGCUGCUUACGAAAGGCGCUGAUUCCAAGUGGAUAAGGACAAGCCUCGAUAUUGCAACAGGGGACGCCGAGUGGAGAGCCUUCAGUUCCGCCUACGCAAGCUCGAUUCGGACAUAUGCUAGCUGCCUCGAUAUGCUCACAGAUAUUCAUCUUGGGAUGCAGCUUUUCCUUGUUGCACAUAGCAACAACGCAGCAGAUCAGCUGGCAAAGUAUAUCCUCACGGCAGACAAUUGGGCCGCGUACACCAUCCCAUUCACUGUACGAAUUGGAGAACGGUCUUCUGAUCCAUUUGUGCGCAACUUCAUGCCACUUCAGUACCUCGUCAAUGUCGCCACCGAGUUGCGCGUUACGGAGAUAGACUUUGCCGAGAUGCAGAAUGAGAUCUCCUCCCGUCCAAGUCGCGCCUUCUCCGCACUCUCGAAGAAGAUAUUGCGUUAUUGCGAGGCUAAUAGGGAUUCUCUCCCUAUCCGCUCAAGAAAGUAUAAUCUAUUAAAGUUCAUUUUGAGCGAUUACAUGGUGUACAUAAGCUGGCUAAUGAAUCAUGCCACUAUCGUCGUUGGCACAAUAAGUGGGGUAAGCAGCAGGGUCCAGUUCCUGCAGAAGCAAUCCGAGCGUUUCGAAGGAGACCCUUUGGAUGUGCGCGAACGUGGACACCAAAUGAUACAGACCAUCGUCGACGUAGUCGGGGGCAAAUCCACAAGCAAGAAGGCAAAUCGAAGAACAGCUAAUGGGGAUUUAGCGAUGAGGAUGAUCAACUAUCGAUGUCAGAAAAAUCCGGCGCGACACAUCAUAAUAGAGGAGGCAGCGCGGCUCGCCGAGCACGAGCUAGCCCUUUUACUACUGCUAACUUUUGAUAAGCUCAUCCUAAUCGGAGACGUCCUCCAACUACCGCCCCUGAUACAAGAUUGCAAACUAACGUCCACGGCAGCACUCGACUGGUCACUGUUUCAUCGGCUAUGCUAUUCUUCCCGCGAAGGCAUUCCCAUAGUAACGCUGGAGGAACAGGCGCGAAGCGUCCCAGAAAUCGCAGAUUUGUACCGGUCCCUCUAUGAGUCACGACUUCCCAAGUCGUGCUGUAUAAAAGGGGGCUUGCGGGAUAUACCUAACGUGACCUUCAAAAGCUAUGUUGACUUAGUCAUACUAUCAGAGUUUAAAGGGCGCUGUUUCUUCUGUUUGCCAGACAACUUGGACAAACCAGCAGUCCAGCGGAGCCAAAUCAAUAAUCUAUUGAAAAAUAUACACGAGAGAAUAGCGCUUUGUCCACCGCCCAUAAUACAGUCCUCAGAUACAAAGAAACUUCUGCCCGAUAUGACGGACACGAGGAACUGUUGUAUAAGCGAACAAGAAAAGAAUGCUGCACUCAUUCUUUUGCUUCGCAUCGUCUAUAGGAUAAUAAGCAACAGUUCGGCGCCCCAAAGCAAAACCCUGCUACUAUACAGUCCAGCGAUCAAUGCAUACGAAGUCUCUAUCAGUGUUGCUCUGCUAUCGUUAUAUCACUCGCAAAAGCAGUACAUUCUUUCCGACCCUGUCAUAGCUGUCCUGCGGAACAUGUGCAGCGAUACUACGUUCACCAUAGACAGCGAUACACACCUGAAGGUGCGUCUUAAUUUGGACGUCGAAACCAGCGACGGAUAUCAGGGGCUCGAGGCAGAUGUCGUCUUCCUGUCGUUGUCGGGCCCCAGAGGUAAUGAAUUCAGGAAUAACCUCUGUAGGUCCCUUGUGGCUGUAAGCCGGGCACGCAGGCUGUUCGUCUGCAUCGGGGCAGUAGACCAAUAUGACAAUCAAAUAUGGAGAAAUGUAUCUAACACAGUGCCCUGCCCAGGUGUUCAAACAGUAAUGUAA